AUGAUUAAAGAAGAAAUGAUGCUUCCAAAGCAGGAAAUUUCCAAAGAAACACAACCACAGGGAGAAAUCUCUAGGACACUCAAAAGAGGUUUUCCACCUCAGAUCCUUAAUGGUUCUUCUAUACAAACUGAAAAAAACAUUGAAAUUUUGAAAACUCUUAAAGAAUGUGAUCCUGGGGACUUAUGGUCUAGAAUGCACAUCUCAUCAAUGGAAUAUGGUACAGGUAACAUCACGCAAAAAGAACGAAAGAAAGAUAAAGCAAGAGUAAGUGAAUUGCUACAAGAUCUUACCUUCUCUGGUGAUUCUGAUGCUGAUGAACAAGAUGAAACUGAGUCUCAUCCUGCUCAAAAGAAGCAGAAAGUAACUACUAUUACAGAAAAGAAAUGGAUUAAAAGAGACAUUCAGCCCAAUUUUCCAAGCUGGUCAGCAUUGGAUUCUGGAAUUUUAAAUCUCAAAAAUGAGAAAUUAAGCCCAGUUGAGUUCUUUGAAUUAUUUUUUGAUGAUGAAACAUUCAAGUUAAUCGUUAAUGAAACAAAUCAUUAUGCUUCUCAGAAAAAUGUCACCUUGGAAGUUACAGUUCAGGAAAUGAAGUGUGUUUUUGGUGUUCUUCUUUUGAGUGGAUAUAUUUGUCAUCCUAGGAGAGCAAUGUAUUGGGAAACUUCAGAUAAAGAGCAGAGUCUUGUUAGUAAUGCAAUUAGAAGAGAAAGAUUUGAAUUAAUAUUUUCACACCUCCAUUUUGUUGAUAAUAGUUGUCUAGAUCAAUCAGACAAGUUUACAAAAUUGAGGCCUCUUAUAGAUCAAAUGAAUAAAAAUUUCCUCCUAUAUGCUCCCCUUCAAGAAUAUUACUGCUUUGAUAAAUCAAUGUGUGAAUGUUUUGAUAGUGACCAAUUUUUAAAUGGUAAACCUAUUAGAAUUGGUUAUAAAAUAUGGUGUGGGGCUACUACUCAGGGUUAUUUAAUUUGGUUUGAACCCUAUCAAACUGAACCAGUUCUGAAAACAGCUAAAGAUCAGGAUCUAGGUUUAGGUGAGAAAUUAGCAAUGAACUUUGCUGAUGUUCUCUUGGAGCGAGGACAGCAUCCUUAUCAUAUAUAUUUUGACCACUUUUUCACCAGUAUCAAAUUAAUAUCAGCUCUGAAAAAGAAAGGGGUGAAGGCAACAGGAAAAAUCCAUGAUAACAGGACUGAAAAAUGUCCUUUUAUUAACGCAGAAAAUAUAAAAAAAAUGAAAAGGGGGUCAUUUGAUUUCAGAGUGGAAGAAAAGGAAGAGAUAAUUUUAUGUCGUUGGAAUGAUGAAAAUGCCAUCAACCUGUGCUCCAAUGCUGUAGGCAUAGAACCACUGAAUGAGGUAAGCUAUUCUGUUGAUAAAAAAAAAGUUCAAAUAAGUCAGCCAUCUGUAGUGAAGUUGUAUGAAAUAUGUAGGAAUGGUGUUGCCAAGAUGGAUCAAAAUAUUUCCAAGUACAGAAUAAGAAUCAGAAGCAAAAAGUGGUAUUCAGUUUUGGUAAGCUACAUUAUUGAUGUGGCCAUGAACAAUGCAUGGCACCUAUAUAGAAUCUAUUGCCCUGAUACUUCACCAAGUCUUUUGGAUUUCCGAAAAUAUGUUGUACAUUUCUAUUUGGAGAACAAUGCCAAUCUCGCAGACUAA